CGCGACCUGUCGACCCACGCAGCCUUCAAGCGAGCAUAGCAAACCAAAACCACCGGCGGACAAGGAGAGGAAGAGGAAGAGGAAGAGGAAGCGCAGAAGAGAAGCGAAAUCCUGGUCGAUAUGGCUAUGGCGGAAGCGGAGGGGAUGAAGAGCCGGAGGUUCGCGCUGGCGUGCGGGGUGCUCAGCCAGUACGUCAAGGCCGAGCAGAAGAUGGCGGCCGUCGGAGCCCCUGCCCUGCGCGCGCCGGCCACGACGCUGAGCCUCAUGCCCGGCGCUGACGUCGGCGCGGCCGCGAGGGAGGAGGAGGAGGCGGCCGGGCCCGCCUCGACGGCGGCGCCGCUCACCAUCUUCUAUGGCGGGAGGGUGGUCGUGUUCGGGAAUUUCCCGGCGGAGAAGGCGGCCGAGGUGAUGCGCCUAGCAGCCAGCGCGGGCGCGGAGCGGGCGGCGGCCCCGGCGCCGCGCGACGACCUGCCCAUCGCCAGGAAGGCGUCGCUGCAGCGGUUCCUCGCCAAGCGCAAGGACCGGCUCGGCGAGCGCGCGCCCUACGCCCGCCCGACCGCGGAGGAGGAGAAGAAGACGGCUUCUUGGCUUGGACUGGGGAGCACGGACGCCGACCGCCUCACCAGCGCGAUGUGAAUCUGAUUCGGGAGCUCGCUGGCCUCCCACGAUGGGAAUCAUCAAUUAGUUAAUCAAUUGGGCGGGUUGUUGGUGUUGGAUUGGAUCACACGGAGCCAGAGCAUUUGCUCACGCUCAUACACGGACAGGCUUGUAGAGUUCCAUUCUUGUUUUUAUCUUUUUUAGUACAAGAGAAGAGAGUUUUACUCUUGUCAAAUUGGAUACAAAGAUUGAGAUUGAACAA